AUGGCUCAACACGAUAGAUUAGGGUCACUUCGUUCCGAACGCUCCGAUAUCAGCGCUGAUACCGACGAUAUCGCAACACCACCAACAUCCAGUAUACUGAAUAAAUUUCGCGGCUCAAUAGCUUGUACAGAAGGUCAUGAAACACAUCUUCACGUACUUGCUAAAGAUCAAUUUCCAGAUCGGAUGAAUCCAGCUGUGCGUGCCAUUGUAAGAAUGGGAAUUUAUCUUGGAUGUAAAGUUUACUUUAUCCAUGAAGGUUAUCAAGGCAUGGUUGCAGGCGGAAAUCUUAUUCGUCAAGCAACUUGGGCAUCUGUAAGCGGUAUAUUAGACGAUGGUGGUACGAUAAUUGGUAGUGCUCGUUGUAUGGAAUUCAAAGAACGAGCUGGACGUUUGAAAGCUGCAAAAAAUCUAAUUGAGUAUGGAAUUAAUAAUAUUGUUUGUAUCGGUGGUGAUGGAUCUCUUACUGGUGUGAAUUUAUUUCGAAAAGAAUGGGAAGGAUUAUUAAAAGAACUAGCUAAAAAUGGAGAAAUAACAUCAGAAAAUGUUGAAAAUUUUAAAUAUCUAAAUAUUGUUGGUUUGGUUGGCUCAAUUGAUAAUGAUUUUUGUGGAACAGAUAUGACUAUUGGUGCAGACUCAGCAUUACAUCGAAUUAUGGGAGCCAUUGAUUGUAUAACAACGACAGCUUCGAGUCAUCAACGUUGUUUUGUUCUGGAAGUAAUGGGACGACAUUGUGGUUAUUUGGCAUUAGUAACAGCGUUGGGAUCUGAUGCUGAUUGGGUUUUUAUGCCAGAAAGUCCACCAGAAGCUGAUUGGGAAAACAAAUUAUGUAAUAAAUUAAAAACUACACGUGAUAAUGGACAACGUUUAAAUAUAAUUGUUAUUGCUGAGGGUGCUACCGAUAAAGAAGGAAAACCAAUAACAUCCGAAAAUGUUAAAGACCUCAUUACGAAACGUUUGCAUUAUGAUACGAGAGUGACAAUACUAGGUCAUGUUCAACGUGGAGGUACACCAUCUGCUUUCGAUCGUAUAUUAGGCACACGUAUGGGUGCAGAAGCUGUAUUAGCUCUUAUGGAAGCAACAACAGCAUCACAACCAGUUGUUAUUUCAUUAAGUGGAAAUCAAAUAGUUCGUGUACCAUUAAUGGAUUGUGUUGAUAAAACUUUAGCAGUCGCUCAAGCAAUGAAAGAAAAGAAAUUUCUUGAUGCUCAAGAAUUACGAGGAAGAAGUUUUAAACGAAAUUUACAAACAUACAUUCAUUUGAGUAAAUUACGACCAAAAUUAUUUUCCAGUAAAGAAGCAGGUGUUGAAGGAAGACAUUCAUUUAAUAUGGCUGUGUUAAAUAUUGGAGCGCCUGCUUGUGGAGUGAAUGCUGCUGUUCGAUCAAUUGUAAGAUAUGGUUUAUGUGAAGGACAUAAAGUUCAUGUUAUAUUUGACGGAUUUGAAGGCCUUAUAAGUAAUCAAAUUAAAAAUUUCGGAUGGAUGUCUGUGAAUGGUUGGAGUUCCAUUGGAGGCUCAUUACUAGGCUGCCAGAAAACAACUGCAGAAAGAGUUGGCCUAGACAAAUUGGCUGCCAAAUUUCGUGAACAUAAUUUUAAUGCUUUAUUGAUGAUCGGUGGUUUUGAAGCUUAUCAAUCAAUAUUACAAAUGUAUGAAGCAAGAGAUAAAUAUCCAGAAUUUCAAAUACCAAUGAUCUGUAUACCUUGUACAAUCAGUAAUAAUGUACCAGGCACAGAAUUUAGUAUUGGUGCUGAUACAGCAUUGAACGAAACAGUAAAUAUUUGUGACAAAAUCAAACAAUCUGCUCAAGGUUCAAAACGUCGUGUAUUUGUUAUUGAAACAAUGGGUGGUUACUGUGGUUAUUUGGCUACAUUAGCCGGUUUAGCUAGUGGUGCUGAUCAAGCUUAUAUUUAUGAGGAACCAUUUACAAUUAAAGAUUUGAUUGAUGAUGUUGAUCAUAUGCGCAAAAAAAUGGAAGGACAUUUAAAGCGUGGUGUAUUAUUGAGAAAUGAAAUGGCCAAUGAACAUUAUACAACCGAUUUUAUAACAAAUUUAUUACAAGAAGAAGGCAAAGGUGUAUUUAGUGCUAGAAGUAACGUUUUAGGACAUAUGCAACAAGGUGGAUUACCAUCUCCAUUUGAUCGUGCAUUUGCUACAAAAUUAGGAUGCAAAGCUGUAACAUACGCCGUAUCGUUGAUGGAAGAUGUAGCAACCAAAGAUGGUAAAGUGGUGUGUAAUACACCAGCGAGUGCUGUUGUACUUGGUUUAAUGAAACGACAAAAUGUUUUUACACCAGUCGAAGUACUCAAAGGAAGAACUGAUUUUGAACAUCGAAUGCCAGUAGAACAAUGGUGGUUAAAAUUACGUCCAUUACUCCGUAUAUUAGCUAAACAUGAAAGUGUUUAUAUUUCUGAUUUUAUUGAAUCAAGUAUAGAUGACGUACACGACUAG